AUGUCUCCCACCACGUCUAACCUGCGCGCUCGCUACGAGUCUGCCGGCCAGAGCCAUGUCUUCACUUUCUGGGAUCGGUUGAACGAGCAGGAACGGGCGACGCUCGAGGCGCAGCUUUCGGCGCUUGACAUCGAGCGCGUCAACCGUGUGUUCGCGACGGCCGUCAAAGCCGAGAGCGACGCGAAGAGCGGGACGUGUAACGAGCCAAUUGAGCCGCUGCCGGCCGAUGCGAGUGGUAGCACGCUCGCGCAGUCGGACAAGGUUCCCGAAUGGAAUAAGGCCGGCGUAGACGCCGUCGCUGCAGGGCGUGUCGGUGUCCUGCUCAUGGCCGGCGGUCAGGGCACCCGUCUCGGCAGCUCGGCACCAAAGGGCUGCUACGACAUUGGCCUUCCCUCGCACAAGACGCUCUUCCAGUACCAAGCUGAACGCAUCGCACGCUUGCAGGAGAUAGCUGCCCAGGCGGCCGGCAAGCCCGAGGGCUCGAUCACCGUACCCUGGUACAUCAUGACGUCCGGACCCACUCGUGCCGACACCGAGGCCUUCUUCAAGCAGAAUAAAUUCUUUGGCUUGAAGCCCGACAACGUCAUCUUCUUCGAGCAGGGCACUUUGCCAUGCUUGACCAUGGACGGCAAGGUCAUCCUCGACUCGCCUUCGCACGUCGCCGUCGCACCGGAUGGCAACGGUGGGCUGUACGCCGCCCUUCGUGCCCCUCUUGCACCUGGAUCGAGCCGUACAGUCAUUUCCGACCUCGAGUCGCGUGGCAUCUCCUACGUGCACGCCUACUGUGUCGACAACUGUGUCGUCCGUGUCGCCGAUCCAGUCUUCCUCGGCUACUGUAUCGCCAAGCAAGCCGACUGUGCCGCCAAAGUCGUUCCCAAGGCGCACGCGUACGAGUCCGUGGGUGUCAUUGCACGCCGUGGCGCCAAAUUCUCCGUAGUGGAAUACAGCGAAAUCAGCAAGGAGCAGGCCGAAGCCAAGGAUGCGCAGGGCGAGCUCGCCUUCCGCGCUGGCAACAUCGCGAACCAUUUCUACACGACAGAUUUCCUCAAGCGUGUGCCGACGUUCGAGGAAAACCUCGCGUUCCACAUCGCCCGCAAGAAAAUUCCGCAUGUGGAGUUAUCCAGCGGCAAGCUCGUCAAGCCCUCGAGCCCGAACGGCAUGAAGCUCGAGCUGUUCGUGUUCGACGUCUUCCCGUUCACUGAACGUUUUGCUGUGCUGGAGGUCGCACGCAAGGACGAGUUCAGCCCUUUGAAGAAUGCACCGGGGACCGGCUCGGACGACCCCGACACCAGCAGGCGUGACCUGCUGGCGCAACACAAGCGAUGGAUCGAGGCCGCGGGCGCGAAGGUUAAGGAGGAUGUCGAGGUGGAGAUCAGCCCACUCGUGUCGUAUGCGGGCGAGGGUUUGGAGGCGCUCAAGGGCAAGACCAUCACGCGCUCCGGGAUUGUGAACUCCAUUGAGGAGUUUGACGCUCUCAUGUGA